AUGGUCGUAAACGAUCGAUUUGAGAACCUUGAACUGCAGGGUGGACUAGCGAAGGACACCAUUAUGCCUGCAGUCGAAACAGUCGAAAAUAUGGGGAAGGAAAAGGCACACAAGGUCUUCACUCAUGUGGAAGAGCGCAAACUCGUACGAAAGCUGGAUCUCUGGAUCGUCCCUCUCAUGAUGUUUACAUAUAUGCUGCAAAGCUAUGACAAAGGAAUUUUGAGUGCAGCAACUCAGUUCGACCUCAACGCCGAUUUAGGCUUGACUACAGUGAUUGGGUAUGAGGCGAAUGGGACACCGAUUACCAAUAAUAAAAAGUAUUCCAAUGCUUCUAUGAUUUUUUAUGUUGGCUAUGUUAUUGGCACGUACCCGAUGUCAUACCUAGCGCAACGAUUUUCUAUUUCACGGGUCAUUUCUGGUGCUACUUUUUUCUGGGGCAUUGUGGUCAUGUCGACCGCGGGUUGUAUAAAUUACGGUGGUAUUAUUGUCAACCGUCUUGUUUUAGGCAUCCUGGAAUCCGCAGUGGCCCCAACUUUCACUGUGCUGGUCACGUUUUGGUGGACGAGGGAAGAACAGGGUCUACGAACUGGUCUUUGGUACUGUUGCGUUGGGGUUGCCACCGCUAUUUCGCCUCUGAUCAACUAUGGGCUUGGCCAGAUACAUGGGCCCCUAGCAUCCUGGAAACCGAUGUUCCUAAUUCUAGGCGCCGUCACGACUCUGUGGUCGAUAGUUCUCUUCUUUGGACUCCCCGACAACCCGAUGGAGACCAAGGGCUUAACUGAUGCUGAGAGGGAGCUUGCUAUUCAACGCUUGGAACGGAACAAAGCUGGUACUAUCACCCAUAGCUUCAACAGGGCGCAGUUCCUUGAAGCAUUUCGAGAUUACAAAAUGUACAGCUGUAGUUUGCUUAUCCUCCUUACCGGGGUUCCCUCUGGUGCCAUCGGCACAUUCGGAACGAUUGUGAUCAACGGGUUCGGUUUCAGUCAUUUUGAAUCUCUGGCUCUUACGUGCCCAAUCGGAGCUAUCACGGCUCUGAGUAUUCUCCUAGUCAGCUAUGUGAGCAGGAAGUUCACAAACACCAGCUACCUGGUUUUUAUUCCCCUCGACUAUUCGUCAGAUGCUGAAACUCCGGUCAUCUUCUCGUAUCAUGGAGGCGAUAGGACGGCGAAGGAUCAACUGGAGCUUGAUGAGUUGACCAGUCCUGAAUUCAAUACACAUACUUUGGUAGUCUACCCCCAAGGGAUCAAUGAAAAAUGGCAAGGUGUUCCAAAUGACACAACAAACGACAUUCAAUUUACCACGGACAUUUUAAAUCAAGUUGAGAGCCGUUAUUGCAUCGACCAAGGUCGAGUUUGGACGACUGGAAAAUCGGAUGGUGCUGGAUUUUGCAACAUAUUAGCUUGUGAUUCGGACCUUUCUCUUCGGUUCUCGGUCUUUGCCCCCGUCUCCGGAGCGUAUUAUGUUGACAGUGAAACUUGUGACCCGGACACGGUUUCAAUUCCGUGCUCUCCAGGACGAAAAGAUAUACCUUUUCUCGCGUUCCACGGGGGUAAUGACACCACGAUCGCAUAUGCGGGCGGGGAACGAAAGGACGAGUGCUUGCCAUCCAUACCACACUUUAUCCAGGAAUGGGCAGCAAGAGAUGAUCUACCUACUCACAACAUCACAAAACCAUUAGCCACUGACACUGUGGUGUACAGUUUUGGUGAUGGUCUUGUUGAGCUUGUGUACGAUUCUGUUAUUGGGCAUGACUGGCCUAGUACGGUUCCAAAUUCAGAUAAUUCGGUAGCCGGUCAUCAUCCAGCAUCGUUCAAUGCGACACCAAUAAUAAUGAACUUCUUCGAAGCUCAUUCUGUUAGCAGGCUUGGUGCCAACUAUUAG